AUGGCCGAGUCCUUCUACGACGAGAUCGAGAUCGAGGACAUGACGUUCGACCCGGCGCUGCAGAUCUACACGUACCCGUGCCCGUGCGGCGACCGCUUCGAGAUCGCGCUGGCCGACCUGCGCGACGGCGAGGAUGUCGGCGUGUGCCCGAGCUGCAGCUUGAUGAUCAAGGUCAUAUUUGACCAGGACGAUUUGCCGCAGGACGAGGAAAAGGAUGAGGGCGCGCAGCCUAUCGCUGUUGCCGCUUGA